AUGAAACCAAUAGUGUUUCUGCCCGUAUGGAUCAUCCUGCUUCUUGUUCUGCUGCAACCCUCCAACGUCACGGCGGGUCUCAGCUUCUGGCCUUACCAUCACGUCCACAUAGUGAACGAGCUGAGCGACCCCAAGGCAGUGCUGCUGGUGCACUGCAAGUCCAAGGACGACGAUCUCGGGGUACACUACGUGACCGUGGACAACGAGUACACGUGGCGAUUCAAGCCCGACGUCAUCAAGGAGACCAUGUACUGGUGCUACCUGGCCUACAACAACCGCCAUGUCGCCUUCGAGGCGUACAACAAGGCCGAUCCUCAGAGGGAGUACCAGUUCCACUCGUUCUGGAACGUUACCGACGAGGCGGUCUUCCAGGAAAGUCGUAACGAAGACGGUGUCACAUGGGAGAACAUCCUGCCUCACCCCUGGAAGCCGGGAAGCCGCUGA